UCCAUGGCAACGCAGCAGCUUCCGCCGAAGCUCAUCCCGUUUGUUUUCACAUUUAGGCUUCGCUCUUAGUUUUACACUUUUAUACAAAAGUGUAACAUGGUGAUGUGACUUUACUUCACAUAUACCAGCGUUUAUAUUAAUUACACAAGGCUCAUUUAUGAAAGUACAGGACCAUUCAGAACGAUUCCCCAGAGAUGUGAGCCUUGUGACAGUUAAAGAUGUCUUCUCAGGAAGAGACGAUGCCAGUGCUGCCUAUUUGGGAGCUCUCCAUCCCUCUGCCUGCCGUGCUGAUGAUCACUCUGAGCCUCUACAUGAUCGUCCUGGGGAUCGGGCUGUGGAUCAGAUACUGCCUAAAGGACCGGUGCUCUUCAAAGUGCUGUAACUGCUGUCCAGAAAUGUCCAUAUGUGCGCAGUGUAAGAGUUUAGCAGAGAUGUGUGACUGUCGCCUGCCGACCCUGCGCUCAUGUCGGGCCGUUUCCUGCCCUUCUCCUUCUUGUGCAUGUUGGGACUGCGCCUGCACCUGUCAGCCCCCGGAGUGUGAGUCCUGCAACUGCCUCUGCUUCGAGAUCAGGAUCAAGUAAAGGAUGCUGGUGCACUAAUGCUACAGGGACAUUUUUAGAGUUUACAGUGGAGAGAUAACAGGAACCAAGGGAGGAAAGUGACUGGGAAGGACUUGAAUCAGAGGCGCUCAUGGUCAGCAUCUUUACCCAGGACUAUUUCUCUUUUUUCUUUUACAUUUUUUUUUAAAAAGACUGAAAAUUAUUGUGUUACUCAGCAGAACUCCUUUUAGCUUUCACAUGUUGAAGACUGUGUCAAAGUGUUUUAUUCUCAUUCUCUAAACUUGGGUACCUUUGGUAUUUUUUCAACCUGGUAGGUUUGUGAAACAGAUUAAAUCAGUGUGUUGAAGUUCA